AUGCUCACGCUGGCAAGCAAACUGAAGCGGGAUGACGGUCUCAAAGGUUCUCGGACAGCAGCCGCCACAGCUGACUCCACUAGGAGGGUUUCUGUGAGAGAAAAGUUGCUGGUCAAAGAGGUUGCAGAACUUGAAGCUAAUUUACCUUGUACGUGUAAAAUGCACUUUCCUGAUCCAAACAAGCUUCGCUGCUUUCAGCUACCUAUAACCCCAGAUGAGGGUAACUACCAGGGAGGAAAAUUUCAACUUGAAACUGAAGCUCCCGGGCCGGCCCGUGGCUCGCUCGGGAGAGUGCGAAAAGAAAAGAAACUGAAGCUCCCGAUGCGUACAACAUGGUGUUUACUAAGAGAACAUUUGAUCGACGGCACUGGCUGGGCUCUGACGAGAACAUUAAAGGAUAUUGUUUGGGGAUUAAAUUCUUUAUUUACUGAUCUUUUGAAUUUUGAUGAUCCAUUGAAUAUUGAAGCUGCAGAACAUCAUCUGCAGGACAAAGAGGACUUGUGGAAUAAAGUGGAUGACUACAUCAAGCGUUAUGCCAGAUGA